GAAAAUUUGGCGUCCUUAUCGAACGUCUUUGGUCUUGAGGACUGUCUUAUGGAGACAUAUUCUCAACUAAAUCGUGCUCAGCUCAGUUAUGACUAUCUCCAUACCAACUCAACGACACAUGAAUUCCUUUUCGGUGCUAUUGCGGAACUUAUUGAUAAUGCACGUGAUGCUGGAGCAACAGAGUUGGACAUAUUCACAAUUAAAGACAGCUCUGUGCGUGGUAACUUUCUUCUCUGCUUUGCAGACAACGGCUGCGGUAUGACACCAGAUGAUGUGAAAAAUGUCAUAAUUUUUGGGAAGUCUUUAAAGAAGUGUGAGGAUACUGCCGCUAUUGGUAUGUAUGGAAACGGCUUGAAAUCUGGUUCUAUGCGCAUUGGAAACGACUUAGUUUUGUUUACUAAAAAGGAUGGUAUUUACACCUGUCUAUUCUUAUCAAGGACUUUUCAUGAAGAAGAAAAACUUGAUGAGGUAGUUGUCCCAAUGCCCUCUUUUAGAGGUCCUGAGAAGACCCCUAUCGCAGAGACUCCCGAGGAUAAGAAAAAGCAUGACCUCGAAAUGCAUUUAAUCCUGAAGUACUCACCAUUCCGCUGCCUGAAGGAUUUCUAUGCACAGUUCGAUAAACUUAAAGAGAGUUCAGGAACCGUUGUGAUUAUAUAUAACAUGAAACUUCUUGAUCAUGGAGGACCUGAGUUGGAUGUCACUACGAACCCACGUGACAUUCUACUUAGUCCGGGACCAGAACAAGAAGAAACCGUUGAACCUGAUGCUGAGGUUAUGCUUCCACCAGAAAGACGUAGUCUUCGAGCUUAUGUGUCAAUUUUAUAUUCUGAUCCACGUAUGAAAGUAUAUUUACAAGGACGAAAAGUCCAAACUAAACGACUGCUAGCAACAUUGCAUAGUACUAGAAAGUACAAUUUUGCAAGCAAAACCUUUCGUACUAGAGCUGAAGCAGAUUUAGCAAAAGCUAAGAAUGAUGUGAGAAUAGCUGAACUUAGAGCUCAGGAGGCGGAGAGCAAAGCGAGGGAUUGUGAACUUCGUUACCAAGGUUCUGAGGAUCCCGAACAUUUGCGUCAAAUACGUCGUCUUCGAAACACCGCUGCCGACCUACGUGGGGCCGUAGCGAUGCGACAGAAUGUUGUCACGCGCAAACUAAAAUCAAUCAAGGAUCCGAAAACACUGACAUUUUAUUUUGGUGUAAAUGUUAUGAACCGCGCUUGUGAUGGUAUGUUUGUUUAUAAUUGUUCCCGUCUAAUCAAAAUGUACCAACGUAUUGGACCACAACAAGAUUCAAGUAUGAUGUGCCGUGGUGUAGUUGGGAUUGUCGAUGUACCCUAUAUGGUUCUUGAACCUACACAUAACAAGCAAGAUUUUGCUGAUGCCAAAGAAUAUCGUCAACUUAUGCGUGCAAUGGCGGAUCAUUUAAUGCAAUAUUGGGAUGACCUUGGGAUUGAUAAAGAACCAGACAGUUUAAUACGAUUCUGGAAAAGUUUUGGCUAUCUGUCAGCACGCUGGAGAGACCCACCUAGUGUAGAGGAAAAAUAUGCUCGUCGUCGAUGUUGUUCUGUCUCCAUUUGUGUUCAGUGUGGUAAUCAGAUAUUUUUGUUGAGUUUAAUUUUCCCUGAUGAGUGUAUAAGCCCAUUUACACUUAUAGUACAUCUACCAUUUUCACUGUGAAGCUUCACGAAAUUAAUUUGCCGCUUAUUGCGUAAUUUACCUCUUCAACCUCUAAAUUUCCACAUUUUUGAUCUUAGGAGCAAACUUUUAGUGUAAACUCCAGUCGUUUUAGUCAGUAUUUUAUUUUAUCGACUGCACCGUAUAUUUGUUCUCAUUUAGAUAUAAUGAUAGUUCCGUUAAAAUAUCUCGUUUUUUAGUUUUCGGUGAUCCCAUGUUAACAAAGACUUAAAUCAACCUACGAACUUGCUUUUCGUUAUUAAUGUGUAAAGUCUUCAAGAAAAUGGAGAAAAACUGCGGAAAAAAUUAAGAGGACAUUGUUUAUGACAUAGUUCAGUUAGUCACAACCUAGAACCUGGUAUGUAAGUACAUCGAUUCAAGUCGCCAUACUCCUUUAGUACACCGAGAUGAAAUUCUCAGGCUAGAUAAAAACAGAUGAAAAGUUAAGAGGAAUUAAGAAUCUCAGAGUUUGGGGAAAGACAAUGUGAAAACAUCUGCUCCGUUGCAAACGAUGUUGAGCCGUGCCAUUCAAAUUCUAACAAUUUGGUUACGAUAAUCACUCUAACACUAACCAGCUGCUCUGCACCUAUUAACAUGGCUCAGUCCAAUUGUCAGUAACUCGAUGGACUGAUGCCAUGUUUGGGUUUGGCCUCCUCUGUCUUCUUACAGCCUACUUCUACACCAGAAAUCAUCACAUGUUCUGAGCCAGACAGGAUGAAUUUUUGAGCAUUUAUCAGUUCUGUGGGCGCCGAUAAAAUCCACUGAUUUGCCCUAACCUUUUAGCUUAAGGUAUUAGUAGAUAUCACUUCUGUUUCCUUAGCUUUUCGGAUAUCAUACCAAGCCACCUCGGUGUGGUUAUCAUUUCCAUAGUUGACUAGCUGCUCUAGUUGUUGCUGAAAUAUAUUCUUAACUUUUUUCAUCAUUAAAUUGAACUCUAAAGAGUUUUCUUGCUGUUGCUUUUCUACACCGAGCAAGACGCAGACAAAUACGUGCUCAAACUAGAGCACGAUCUGAGUGUAAAUAUAUGCUGUAAAAUGAACGAUAGUCUUCAAUAGAGCUCCUCCGACGAUGGCUCAUAACAAUAUACUCUAUUUGAUUCCAUCGAUGAGUUGAUUUUAAAGGUUGCCAUGUCAGACAACGUUCCUCCUUAUGUUUGAGGAUGGUGUUUGCCGAAAAUGGAUGGUUAUCUGAGCAUAGUUUCAACAAACGGUCGCCACUAUCUGUUCUCUGAGCCUCAACACCAUAAGAUCCGCUCAAGUUCCUUUCAGUUUGGUUUAGUUUAUGUAAUUCAGCAAUAAAAUAAUCUGUAACUAUAACGACAUCAUAGCGUUUAGCUUUUAGAUGGAGGUAGGAUAACUUCCCAUAAAAUCCAUCUUUAACUUCAUCCGACCUGCAAUUAAUAAUGGCGCAAGCAUAGGUAACGAAAAGGCAACGGCGUGCGUCCCUAUCUUUUUGAGUUCUUACUGUUCCAUUUGGUCGAACAGCUCACAAGCGACCCUCUAAUGGAAUCGAGUCUAGAUCUUAUUCUGCUUUAUAACUUAGUGCUACAUCUACACCUGCGAGGUUACCUGAAGUAGCAGCGGGGUCUCCAGGGCAAAUUGUGCCGGUGCUUUAUAUUCACAAGGUGAGGUCAAGUGAAUGAUUGUACUUGGAUCUUGAAUGACAAAAUAUGAAGUAGUCAUGUAUGUAUCUUUAUCCUUCUUUCGUUUUCAUAACUCUUCAACCAAAAGACGAAAACUCUGUUGCUCAGUUAUCACUGGUUUUGGUUUAGUAUUGUCUCUGACAUUAUCUUAUUCAGCUUUAUGACUAAACGUAGCACCGCCAGUAGAUAUCUAUCUUUUUCAUUCCACAGUAUCACAUAAAACUAUCUAUCUUUCAGGCUUCGCAAAUCAAUCCUGGCGUUAGUGAGCUGCACAGAAGCAGUUUUUCAAAUGAUGAAUUACUGGAUAAUUUUAAAUGGAACUAAACUUUAAAUUUAUUUUAAAGAAUCGAGGCAAUUAUUUCGACAAGAUUUAUCUGCUCAUUUUAACAAUUUUGUUGUAUAUUAUAACACACACUAAUCCGAAUUUGAAAUCGUGAAGUAUGUUUUAAAAGAAAUGUCGUUUCCUCAUUUAUACAGCUGAAUGUCUGUCAGGUAACUGGUCAGCAAGGAAAACAUACUAAGUUGCUUAUCUGCGGUAAACACACAGAAGUUUGGUGUUUACCAAAAGCAGAUGACCAUCAAUGAAUGUUCCCACUAAUUUGUUAGAAAUUUACAUUUUUAUUUGUCGAUACAAACAUCUUGUGUAAAAUAUCCUAAUCUACACUUUCAAGUUCUUAUAUAAUACCAAAGUAUGUGUCGCAGCUUUGAAUCUUCUGCUUCGUUAGUAUCUUUGUUUGCCUGCCUUUCUAAUGUCUACCAGUUUUAAAUUCUUAUAAAGGGAUCAUUUCAUCUUGUGAAAUGACUGGUGGACAUAAAGUUCAUUCAUUUUUGGUUUAGCAUGGUGCAAAUAUUUGUCUUUAAUAUAUCGAUAUAUUGUGAUACUUUCUAUUUCCUUAUUUUUACAAAGCAUUACUAUUUUUCAACAAAUUGUAACACUUUUCGAUUGAGUAACCUGUAUGCAUACGCAGUAGAACACGGUAUUCCUACUUGAAAAAUGCAUUCAAAUCGGAAUCAUUCUAAAGGAUAUUUUAUGAGGUUUCGUAUUACUCUCUGUACAAUCUAUCCAAUUUUUUUAUGUUUUUUCCUCUAACCGACCACGUAUGAAUUACCCGUGUUUUUAUGAGUUUCAACAUUGUAUAGUUUUUCAUCUUUCAGAUAAAUGCUUAAAAUGGAGAAUACUUCCAUUCUCACAGAGCCUUGUCGGACGCGAUGUUCCAGAUAAUUGGCAAUGUCGUGAUAAUCCAGAUCAUAAACAUAAAAGGUUGUUGCAUCUAUUUCGUUCACCAAUUUCUUUUGAUAAAUUUCUUUCACUUCAUAUUACUGAUAUGUAAAAUUAGUAAUUUUUGUCAAGCUACUCUAUUAGUCCAAACUGGUGUGUAUUUGUGUUUGUACGUACAUUCCAACAUUAUCAACAUAUUAGAAUUCUGUGGAGUGUUGGUUGACAGUUUCUGAUGUAGUUUGGUGAUUCAUUGUU